UAUCAACUCACUAUUGCUGGUGCCUCGCUAAAAAUGGCUCGUGGAAGUUCCGGUGGCGGUGGGAGAUCAGGAGGAUCUCGAGGAAGUUAUUCAUCAGGAGGAUACUCUCACUCGGGGAAGACGCCAACACGUGCUGCUGCAGCCCCCGCGGGUAUUUGUCAUUUAUCCAUUUAGGGUCUGUUUGCUUUUAAGAAAAAAACACUUAUUUUACCAAACACUAUCAACUUUUACUUUCUCGGCUUCCGUGUAGAAUCUACUUUUUACUUUUUCUAUUACACAAAAAACACUUAUUUUACCAACAAAUUUGCUCUUUGUACCCACCCAAUGUACCCACCCUAUACACACUACAAAUACCCCCAAAAAAUUACCCCCCUCUUUUCCCCUCACCUCACCCGCGUAUCUCACCCCACCGACCCACCUUUCUCGCUCACUCCCCCCUUUCUUGAAAAUCAAAACUCCCGCACACAGUGUCUUCUUCUUCAACGCCUAAGCAACCAUCAACGACAAAAAAACUGGAGUUUCCUUCCUCUUCCAUGGAUUUUCUCUUGGACAAAACCAUGGUGACAAACGACGACGAAUUUUGGUCUAUGUGGAUUGACGGAGCUGAAGAAACCGGAGGUGAUGUAAGGGAAAAAUCUGCCGGACUUGGAGAAAAAGAAGGACAGAUGGCCGGUGAUGGAGAAGGUGACAGAAUGACGGACGUAGGCGGAGAAGGCUCCGGACAGAAGGCUGGACUUGGAGAAGGUGAUGGACACACCGGAGGUGGAGAAGGUGACGUUACGACGGACGUAGGCGGAGAAGAUGGACUAACGUCGGCGGCGGCCAUGGACGUCGUUUCUGACCUCGAUGGAGAAGGGGUGGCAAUGGAGAUUGAAGUUGGUAAAGACCCAGAGCUUGGUAUGGAGUUUGAAAGCAGAGAAGCGGUCUAUGAUUUCUACAAAGCAUAUGGGAAGCGUUUGGGUUUUCCUAUAAGAACUAGGAGCACAACAAAAGACAAAAAAGGAGUAAAGAUUGUUUCAAUUGUACUAGAGUGUUUGCGGGCUGGUCAGAGAGGUAGUCAGUCAAAAAAUCAAUUGAAGCCCCAACCUUCAAUGCAAAUAGGGUGUGGGGCUAGACUACGAGCACACGUAAAUUCUGAGGGACUUUGGGAAAUAUCAAAAUUGUUUGUACAACAUUCACAUCCUAUGAGUCCAACAAAGGCUAGACUAUUCCGUUGCCAUAGGAAGUUGACUCAUGGAAUGGCGAGGAAACUUGCAAUAAAUGAAGUUGCGGGAAUACGACUUAAUAAAAGCUUCACCACGGCCGUUGUUGAAGCCGGUGGAUAUGAUCAACUUCCAUUCAUUGAAAAAGAUUGUAGGAACUAUAUAGAUAAAGUGAGACAACUUAGGUUAGGUAGUGGCGAUGCAAUUGCCAUUCAAGGGUUCUUUGCUAAAAUGCAAGACCAAUGUCCCGGAUUUUUCUUUGCACUUGACUUAGAUGACGAGUCAAGAUUGCGUAAUGUAUUUUGGGCCGACAAUAGGUCUAGAUAUGCGUACAAAGAAUUUGGAGAUGUCAUAACAUUUGACACGACCUAUCUUACGAAUAGGUAUGACAUGCCUUUUGCACCAUUUGUCGGGGUAAACCAUCACGGGAAAUCAUUGCUAAUGGGAUGUGGCUUAGUCUCUAAUGAAGAUACACAAACCUUUGUGUGGUUGUUUAAAGCAUGGCUUGAAUGCAUGAAUGGAAUCGCUCCAAUGGGGAUUAUUACCGACCAAGACCGUGCCAUGCAAAACGCCAUUGCAAUUGUCUUCCCAAAUUCGAAACACCGAUGGUGUUUAUGGCACAUAAUGAAAAAGGUACCCGAAAAACUCGGAGGGAAUGCACAAAAAGAUGAAAUAUUGGAUGUUAUACAUGACUGCAUUUAUGAUUCACAGUACACCCAAGAGUUUGAGGAAAAAUGGCUUGAUAUGGUUCAAAGGUUUUCACUAGAAGAGCAUGAUUGGCUUGGGGUGAUGUACAAUGAAAGAAACCGGUGGGUACCAUGUUAUUUAAAGCCAACAUUUUGGGCCGGCAUGUCCACAACUCAAAGAAGUGAGAGCAUCAACGCUUUUUUCGAUAAGUUUGUCAAUUCAAAAACCACUCUAAAACAAUUUGUUGAACAAUACGGAUGUGCUUUGCGUGAUAAGGUGGAAAAAGAAUUUCAAGCGGAUACUAACUCAUUUACCAAAAUGAUUCCAUGUGUGACUAGAUAUCCAAUGGAAAAACAAGUGCAACAAAUUUAUACCCUUUCUAAGUUUGCGGAGUUUCAAAGGGAAUUACUUGAAGGAAAGCUUUAUUGUGAUAUCCUUUUAUGUGAAGACGGUAGAAAAUACACAGUGCAGGAGCAUAUGGAUAUUAAUGGAUUUAAGAAGAAUGUGAACUUCUAUAUUGACUUUGACCCAAUUACUUGUUUUGGAAUAUGUAGUUGUCAUUUGUUUGAGUUUAGAGGAAUGAUAUGUAGACACUUGCUUGUGGUAUUUAAUCGGCUUGAUAUACACCACUUGCCCGAGGUGUACCUAAUGAGUAGAUGGAGGAAAGACAUGAAAAGAGCGUACCAACGAGUCAAAAUCAAUUACGACGGAUGGAUUACAACGGUUGAACAACAACGCUUUGACAAGUUAUGCAAGACAUUUGAGUCUGUUGCCAACAUGAUUGUGGAUGAUGAGGCGAAAUACAAUGAAGUCCUCCUUUGGUUGGAAACCCAGUUGACCACAUAUACUCCUCUAGUUAGCCAUUCUUGUAUUGUUGGCAACAUGACGCCACUUGAAGACCCAAAAACAAAUAUUCAUGCCGAGGUCCCACUUCCACCUAUUGGAGAUCCAAAAUGUACGAAGCGCAAGGGAGCUCCAAGGAAAAACAGAGCAAAGGGUCCACUAGAAAAGGGUAAGAAAGGAAGGCCGAAGAAGGAUAAUGCACGACCCACAACCACAACUCAACAUGGUAAUGGUGAAGGGCCUGGUCAUGGUGCAGCUAAUGGGCCAAUCAUGUAUUCUACUGGUUUAGAUUUAAAUCUAUCUUUGAUGUGAAUACAUGUACUAUGAUGUACUGUUUUUUUGUUGUAUCAUCAAUGAAACCGUUUAUAGUCACAGACAUUAUUAUGUCCUCACAGUCAGAUCGGUGCUCUGCCACAAACAAGUAUAUUUAUUCAUAGACACAAUUAUUUGGAGGGGCAGAAAAUAUUCAUGUGAUAAUUCAGAUUAUAUCCAUUAUUUAAUUAACGCACAUAUUCAUGUAAACAAGAAAAUAUUUAAUUAACG